AUGGAUGCCAGGGGCCUCGAUGUGGCUGCCAGAUACAUUGCUGGGGUUGUCGAGGAGGAGAAGAAGGCGAAUCCUGGUGGGUGGAGAGCGGUGCUGUGUAGUGCUGAGCUGGUUGAGAAAAUACCCAGAGGGCUAGGUGGGGAGAGAAUCGAUGAGGCUGGGCUACCAAGAGGGCUGGAUGCUAACGGCCUUGACGAGGCUGUGAGGUACAUUGCUGGGAUUCUCGAGGAGGAGAGAAGGGCAAGUCCUGGUGGGUGGAGUGCUGUGCUGUGCUGUGCUGACGUGACGUACAUAGUGGGGGGUAUCAGCCAAGGGGGCGGCCUCUCCCUCUACCUCAUGUGCCGGAAGGCGCUUGGAAGCUUCGCAGAUGGUUCCGAUGCCUCUUCUCUGCCUUUCUCUGCCUCCAUCGGCCUCAGCACGUGGCUGCCCAAGUGCAGUCUGAUUCCGGCACCUGGAGUGGCGGACGCCGCUGGUCCAGAGAGGGCUGCGAGGCAUCCGCUGUUCAUGGCACAUGGAAAAUAUGACGACCUAGUGGCGUACACCUGGGGCAAGGACUGCUCUCACUUGCUGCGUGAUGCUGGCUUCACCAACCUCUCCUUCAAGUCCUAUCCCAAGUUGGGUCACGACAUGUGCCGUGAGGAGCUGGAGGAUAUGAGGGCGUGGCUGCUGGAGCACGCCCCUCCUCCUGCCUGA